AUGGCGCGGCCACCGCUGCGGCUCCCAGCGCGUGGGCCCUGGGCCCCCCCGGCGCCCUGGCUCCUUCAGCCUUUUGUGCUCCCCAAAACCUUCUACCCCCGAGGUAGGGACCCACCCCGACCCCUGCAGCCCGGGACGCUCCUGGGGGCAAGAGCAGAGGGGAGAGCGGUGACCCCAGCCCCCCCGCUGCUGCCGACGUCCAUCCCCAGCUACCAGCAGAUCCAGGGGCAGCCCGCAGAGACCAAGACCUCUGGCAGUGCCACCCCCAGGGCAGCACCCCCGGGAAGCAACAUCCCCCCGGGCAGCGACGUCCCCCCCAGCCCCUCUGCUGCCCCCCACGAGCAAGCCCUGGGGGACCCCACAGGCGACCUCGCCGUGGCUGAGGAGGUCCUUCUCGAAGAGGCCCUGAGGCUCUUUGGUUGCUCCCCGGACGCGGUGGGGGUCAGCCAGGACGCUCCCAGCAGCGGCCCCAGGCCUGGGGACCCUGGUGGCACCGGCGCAGCCAUCCCCCACUGCGACUUCGCCUCGCUCUCCCUGCCCGAAGAGCUGCUCAGCCCCGACUACAGCGUCCCCAAGACCGCUGACGCCAUCCUCAGCCUGGACGAGUUCGUCAUGGGGCUGGAGCCCCAGGAGCCGUGGGGGGAUGAGGGCAGGGACCUGCCACCGUCCCAGCCUGCCACGGCAGAGAAGCGGGGGAAGAAGCGGGCCAAGAGCACCUCGCCAAAGCCAGCCAGCAAGCGCAGGGCUCUCGCCGGCAGCACGGGGGUGGCGGGGGGUUGUUUGGACCCACAGCAGGGGUGA